GUAGAUGGCGGAAAUGCAUCUAUCUGUUGUUUGCCAACCGCCAGAAAAAAAACAUAAAGAAGAAGAAGAAGAAGAACCCUCUCACUCCGUGAUGAAACUUCUUCCAUGCUUUGCAAGCCCCAGAGAGUUGCAGGUGUAACAGACGGUAUGGAUGUGUUAUCCGGUCCCCUGGGCUUGGGGGUUGUCACCGGACUGGCCUGCGGACUCUUCCUUGGCUGGCACCUCCGGACACGCCUUGGCGCCACUUCCAAGACCCUGGUGAAAGCGGUGGGCAAUGGCAGCGGGGAGGCCGUCGUGAUGGGUGAAGGGGGGGAGUUCAAGAUGGUUCUGGUGGUCCGGAAUGACCUAAAGAUGGGCAAAGGGAAGGUGGCAGCCCAGUGCUCCCACGCUGCAGUAAGCGCUUACAAACAGGUGCAACGCAGGAACCCCGAGCUGCUCAAACAGUGGGAGUACUGCGGCCAGCCCAAGGUGGUGGUGAAGGCCCCCGACGAGGACACCCUGAUAGAUCUGCUGGGCCGAGCCAGAGAGGCGGGACUCACUGUCAGCCUGAUUCAAGAUGCAGGGAGGACACAAAUUGCGCCUGGCUCUCGCACCGUGCUGGGAAUUGGUCCUGGUCCAGCCGAUCUGGUUGACGGUGUCACUGGAGACUUGAAGCUCUACUGACAUUUUGUUUCUUAAGAAACAUCUGGACCUGUAGGACGGGAUUUUGUAUUAUUAAACACAUCGCAAGUAGGAUUGACGCUGAUCUGUGUUGAAUUAAUUUUUUUUACACCGCCUGUCUAAAGCAAAAAAGGAUUUACUUUGUGUGGCAGUAAUUACAAAUUGGUAGGAUGAUUAGGAUUUUAUUUCCUUUUUUUCUGUUCAGAGUAUCUGAUCAUUUAAACAGUUUUUCUUAUUCUGAAAGAAGACGGUGAAAUCAGUUAUGUUUGGAAAGUACAAGCAUUAAAACUAAUUUCUGUAUCAGCCUACAGCACGUGUAGAUGUUUGUUAAAUCACAAAUAAAAUAAUAGAGUUCAUAAUA